AUGGAACAUGUUGGCUUUCACUACAAUUUUGACUGCGACUACAGCCAGCAUGGUGCCAUUGGACCAAUGGAUAUUAUUUGUACGCAUUGCAAUGCAGCGAAGUUUCGAGGAGAAACAGCUGGCAUGUGCUGCUCCAGUAGCAAAGUGAAACUGCCUGCAUUGGAACCGCCACCAGAACCAUUACAUUCCUUGCUCACUGGGGAAUCGCCGACGUCUAAGCAUUUCUUGCAGAACAUACAAGCAUACAAUUCAUGCUUUCAAAUGACUUCUUUUGGUGCCACAAAGAUCAUUAGAGAUUCAUUUAUGCCGACAUUCAAAAUUCAGGGACAAAUAUACCAUCGAGUAGGCUCGCUCAUACCAUUUGCCGACGCCGACUAUCAAUUUUUGCAAAUAUAUUUCAUCGGUAAUGAAAAUGACCAACUAAAUCAAUGA